AAUACAGGUUGGGAAAUGACUGGCUGGGGAACAGCUCUGCUGGAAAGCACCCGGGGCACAUCACGCUAAACACCAGCCACCCCUGGAAGCAAAGAGGACCAGCACCACCGGGGUUGGACCAGGAGAGCAUCAUCAAUAAAACAAGGCGAGUCCUACAAAACGCUUGUCACCGUGAGGACACGGUGGCCACAAGCCUAAGCAACCCGGCCUGACCUCCGGCUGGCCCUGGUGCCGAAGCGGGAGGAGUGAGGGCCUCCGGCACUGUGCUCCAAGCCGGUCAGCCCGUGACCCUACAGAGGCAAAGCUGCGAGCACAGCACCGGCCAGCCGCACCCCGCACGCGGGGCACCCCCGCGCCGAGCUCGCAGCUGUGCCGAGCGCAGAGCGGAAAGCACCGACGGCACCACGAGCCCCAGCGCCGCCCGCCCGAGCUGCCCCGCCCCGGACGGGCCCGCCUGCCCCGGAAAGCGCCGCGCACGCACGCGCGGAGCUGCACGUGGCACCGGGGCCACCAUGGCGGGCGGGAAGGAGCUGCUGGACCGAGCCCAGGUGAAGAAGGCGGUGGAGGCUCUCGUAGCUUUCGCCAGAAGCAAGGCCAAGGGAGACGUGCUGCUCCUCAACGAGAGCGAGAGCAUCCAUCUAAUGGUGACGGUGUGGAAGGUCCCGCGGGCGGCAAAACUCAUCAGCAUACCACUGCCCUUUGGCAUUCGACCAGAAACAGCUGAGGUUUGCCUGUUCACAAAGGAUGAACCAAAUUUAUCAGCAGAACAGACUGAAAAUCUCUACAAGAAACUUCUACUCCAGAAUGGGAUCAGAAGUAUUAGCCGGAUCAUCUCAUACAGAACUCUCAAAAAGGAAUAUAAAAUGUUUGAAGCGAAGAGGCGCCUCCUGAACAGUUUUGAUCUCUUUCUGUCUGAUGACCGAAUUAGAAGGCUUUUGCCCUCACACCUAGGAAAACACUUCUAUGAAAGGAAAAAGGCACCUUUAUGUGUAAACCUGAAAGCCAGAGAUCUUGCCAAGGAGCUAGAGAAACAUAUCCAAGGGACUACACUCCGAGUCAACAACAAAGGGUGCUGUUAUACAAUGCACAUAGGUCACACUAGGAUGAAAGUGGAUGAGAUACUUGAGAAUAUCAUCGCAGCAGCAAAAGUGAUUGAUAACAAGUUACCAAAGAAAUGGAAAAAUGUAAAAAUUCUUCACCUCAAAACACUUAAAUCGGUUGCACUUCCAAUAUUUACUGCAAAUAUCUCCAACCUGGAUGAGCUUGACAAACAGCUCUCUCUCAAGAAAAAUGAAGUAAAGAAGGCAAAACCCAAGAAAGUGAAGAAGACAGGUAAAAACCUGAAGUCAAGUCAAGUCACUGUGGCAAGAGAAAAUAAAGCUGCUGCUGCUACCCAGGAGCCUGUGUUAAAAGGAAAAGUAGAAAUAGUCCAAGAACCAGGUGAUUGUGAUGAUGAAGAAGAAAUUCCACAACUGGUGCCCAUACAAACAACAGGCUCAGCUAACCUGAAGAAAAUGGAACCAAGUCCAGAAAAAGGUGACAAUUCGGGCAAGAAAACCAAAACAGUCCUUGGUAAGAGAAAGAAACAAUCUCUAGUCGUGGAGACGCCAAAAUCAAAACCUGAAGUUACAAAAGAUGGUGCAAACUUGCAGACAUCAUCGAAAGAGAAGAAAGCCAAGCAGGUCAGCAAGCCAAAGGAAGCAAUAAAAGAAAAAGACAUGAAAAAGACUCCAAAAAAACCUGAAGCAAAGUCUUUUGCAACACCCAAAGCUGGCAAAUCAAUACAGUCAGCCAGGAGGGCUUCAAAACCACCGAAACAGACCCCCAAAAAGGCACGUGUGCCACAGUCAGUGUGAACAGUGUCUGUUGUAACUCAUUUUGGAUCUUCAUUCUGUGGUGUAUUUUUAGUAAACAAAUUUAUUGAUGAAGUAAAAUACCUUCUUAUGAAAUUUGAUCCAAAUAGAUUUUUUUUUUCACCAAGAUCUGUAAUGAUUAAUUGGUUUCCUUCUAAUUCACAAGCUGGUAUAAAUAAACUCACUGUCUUAAUGUCCUCA